UGGCGAUAGAGGACAAAAAUAUAACAGUGAGCGGGACGCUCAUAUUAAAUUUGUGAAACGUGAGUCUGAGAUCUGCAUUUGUUAUCUUAUUUUGUAAACUGUAAGAUAUCCCGACAAUGGCUUUUAAAGGAUUUGGUACAAGCAACACAGGCUCAGGAGGUGGCUUUAGUUUUGGAGCUUCUAGUUCAACAGCAGCAACAAAAACAACACAAAGUUCCACUGGAUUCUCGUUUGGUGCUCCAGCCACUGCGUCUACAGGGCUGGGCUUUGGUGCCAAACCUACUGUAUCUGCACCAAGCUUAGGAGCAAACCAGUCUAAACCAGCUGCAACUGGAUUCUCACUUGGUGGGUCUGCAACUACUAAACCAACUUUGGGUUUUGGACAAACUGCCUCUACUGCAAGCACUGCAUCAGCUUUAACCCUUGGUUCCACCCAACCACAAACUACCAAACCAGCAUUUAAGGGGCUGGGAGGUGUUGAUUUAACUUCUACUGCAUCAACAAGUAAUGGAAAUGGGAAUAAAAACAACGGGAUAAGCCAGGCGGUCAAGGAUCAAGGGGUACCCGAGGAAAUAUGCAAAGAUGUGAAGGCUUUUGAGAGUUACGUUCAAAAGCAAAAAAGCGAGAGCAAUGAAGUAGGAAAGUUUUCUGUGCGAUCUUUGCAGAAAAUCAACGAAGAAAUCAACAGUUUAUCAGUUGCUGUUGGUACAAUUUCUUCUGCUGUGCAAAGGAAUAAGGCAGCCGUUGAAUCGAUACGAAAUGAAUUCACAAACCAGUUAAAAAAUAUGGAGAUCGCCCAUCGAACACAAGAUACACCUGCUGCAUUACAACAUGAAAAUAUUGCUCCUAUCAAGUAUUUCAUUGACCUUGUAUCAGAGUUUAGUAUCAGCAUGCAGUCAUACAGACACCAGAUGGAAGAAUUAGAAAACCAUUUACAUUCGCUUGCUCAACCCUCUGGCAUGAACCCACAAGACUUAUCUAUGGCUUUGUGUAAAAUGCAGGAAAGUUUUAUAACUUUGGCUUCAAAUCUACAUUCAAUACAUGACAGUGUGAAGCACAUCAAAGAGCAAUACCUGGCUUAUAGAAAAGUUGUUCAUGGCGAUCAUACAGAUAUAUUUAAGCAAAAUAUUCCAGUUCCAGCGAAGAGCAAGAAAAUUGAAGGGCCGUCAGCUUUCAGCAACUUGAGUAAUGUUGCAGCACUCGCAAUGGCUUCAAUGUUACAACAGCCACAACAACAACAACAACAGGCUCCCCCACAACAAGGAUUUUUGGGACAAACCAAAACUACUAACACAUUAUUUGGUGGCAAUGCUUCAGGCAGUUUAUUUGGUUCAACAAAACCUACAGUUACAACUGGCAGCUUAUUUGGCUCCAAACCUACGUUAAGCACGACUGGUUUUGGAGGUUUUGGUUCCACUAAUACUUUGAAACCAGCUCUCAGUGCAGGUUUAGCCACCUCAACAAGUGGAAAUAUGUUUUUUGGAGGCAGCACCACAUUUAGCUCAAGUGCUGGCUUGCUUAACUCAUCAACUGGCAAGCGUAAUAAAAAAUGAGGUAUUUAUAUUCUACACUCUGUGGACGGAAAUUGUUGCCAAUUAUGAAUAAACUUUUGUUGAAUUUUGUG